AUGACAUUCGCUGUCUGUGGGAAGGUUGUCACCUUUUCGAAGGAUGACUUUUUGGUGAUGACUGGUUUGUGGCAAUCCCCAUCACGAAUUGAUCGGAACCAACAGUCCUCAUAUGAACUUGCCAUCAAGUAUUUUGGUAAUCGAGUAAAGAAGGACACUUUACACCUCCGUGAACUCAAAGAAAAAUACAAGGACUUAGAGUUUGAAAACGAUGAUGAUGCUGUGAAGAUCAGCCUAGUUUACUAUACUGAGGUUGCAAUGAUGGGGAAAAACAAGCAGAAAAAUGCAGUCGACCUCAAACGUUUCAAGGACGUUCAAAGCUUGGAGUACUACAAUAGUAUUGAUUGGGGUACCAUUAUUUGGGAGAGGACAUUGGAUGCCCUAAAGACUGCCUUGAAUGAUAAGAGCAGUCUAUACAAGACGAGGGUCAAAUCAAAUAAAAACUACGCUGUAAUAACUUUCUUACGUGGAUUUCCACAAGCGUUCCCAGGUAUGGACGAUCCUAGCUUCAUCGAUAGCUGGGAACAUUGUGGAGCGAAGGAGCAAUUUGCUUUGCCCCGCAUUAACCGAUGGUCAACGAUGAGGGGGGGAAGUCCCGAGAGUGAAAGUGAUGGUGAAGACCAUCGUGGAGAUGCCAAUGAUGAGGUUGUCAAGGUAGAGGGAGGGGAUAAUCUCGACCAUUCUGAGCACCGAGGAGGCUGA